UUAGAAAUCCCUGCUAACUUCCUUUUUCACUACAGUGUAAGUAAAGCCUUGUAAACAUGUGGGUGACACUACUUAAGUCCGCUUAAGUCUGCUGUGCUGAAAAUGGAUUACUGUACCGUGAUAAAGAAAAGCCUGCUCAUCCUCACAGUGUAUAUUGAUCUAACGUCAGCAGGCUGCCACUCUCUGCAGUACUUCUAUACCACAGUUACGCCAGGAAUACACUUCCCAGCGUUCACUAUUGUUGGUCUGGUGGACGGAGAGCAGAUUCACUAUUAUGACAGUAACAUCAGGAAGAUGAUCUCAAGGAAUGAGUGGAUAAAGAAGGCUGAUGCUGAUGACACAGAGUAUUGGCACAGAGGGACACGGAUCGCACAGGGUGAUCAGAAGACUUUUGAAGAAAAUCUGGCUAUAUCAAUGCAGCGCUUCAACCACACUGAAGGUGUCCACACUUUCCAGUGGAUGUACGGCUGUGAGCAGCUUGAUGCUGAAACUGUGAGAGGAUACUUGCAGUUUGGUUAUGAUGGAGAAGAUUUUCUUAGUCUGGAUCUGAACAGUCUUACUUACACUGCAGCCAACGAUAAAGCUGUUAUCACCAAACACAAGUGGGAGCAGACACAUGCAGCCAGGUUCCAAAAGGCCUAUCUGGAGAAUGAAUGUACUGAGUGGUUACUGAAGUAUGUGGAAUACGGCAGAUCCAGUCUGGAGAAGGAAGUUCCUCCUGAGGUGUCUCUGUUUCAGAAGGACUCUUCUUCUCCAGUGGUGUGUCAUGCUACAGGUUUCUUCCCCAAAGCAGUGAACAUCUCCUGGCAGAAGAAUGGAGAGGAUCUGCAUGAGGACGUGGAGCUCAGAGAGACGCUACCCAACCAGGAUGGAACCUUCCAGAAGAGGAGCGUUCUGACCGUCUCACCUGAGGAGCUGGACAGAAAUGAGUACACCUGCACCGUUCAGCACAGCAGCCUGGAGAAGAAGAUGCACCUACCGAGGACUGAUCGGAGAGUUCUGUCAGGUGGAGGGUCAUUUGGCAUCAUCAUUGGUGUGGUUGUGGCUUUUCUCCUCCUUGUCUUCUUUGGAGGAGUUUUCAUUGCCAUUGUCUGUAGCUGAUUACACAUGAGGCUCCAUGUCAGCCAGCCCCAUAUCUGAAUGGGGAUCAGCUGCGAGAUACACUACAGAUGAAAUACCACUGGUAUGAUCAAGUCAUCCUGGUUUUUUGGAACUGUGCACAAAAGUUGUGGGUGGAUGGCCGCUCCUUAUGCCUGAGUUCAGAUUUCAGCCACACACCUUGCUAAGAGAUGGACACAGUUAAGGACAUAACUAUGAAAUCUCCAUAGACGAACACUGUUAUUAGAACGGGUCGUACUGAACAGCUCAGUGACUUUAAAUGUGGCUGGAUUUCACUUUAAACAUGUCGGUUUGUGUAAUUUGCUCUGGUGACUCCGCUCUGCUCAACUGUCAGUGCUAUUAUUGUGAAAAGGAAGCGUCCAAGACUAACAGCUCAGCCAGAAGCAGCCGCACAGCUGUCAGCUGGAGUGGAGUAAAGCACAUGACCUGCUGGACUGAUGUAUGAUAAUGAUAUUUGCUCCUCCUACUGGCUAACACAUGGAACAUUUUUGCUGAAAAAUACUUUAAAGAAUGUAUUUUAUUAACAUGAGCAAUCACUGUUUAAAACAGGUAAAAACUGGCCAAACGUCGUUUUAUCCCUCUGCACCAUUGUUGUCACUUAAGAAUUCUCGGAAAAGCUUGGAAAACGGCCAGUUUACUUCUGAUUGACAUUUCAGCUAAUAAAUAAAUAUAUAUAUAUA